UGAUUCUCCUCUUCUCCGGCGCUGCUGAUAAAAAGAUGUCUGCUAGAGGUCGAGGACGAGGUGGUCGCGCAAUGACACCUCACGGGGUGACUAUUGGAUCAGUGCUUACUCCUGUGUCAUCCAUGCCAAGUAAUAAUAUAGAGCAAAACUCAUCUCCUGCUCCACUUAUAUCCGAGUCGGCGCAACCAAAUGUAUCCUUGACACCUGCAAAUGCAUCUGUAACUAAGAACGUACAUGGGAAAACUAAAGGUUUAGCACUAGCCAAGGUUCAUGGGGGCGGAAAGAAGGAGAAACUGGGAUUUUCUCGAACACUUGGACAACCUAAGAGUGAAAAUAAUGAUGACUUGACUAGGUUCACGGUUCACCACAGAGAUAGGUGUUAUUGUUUUGCAAUUUGCCCCUUUACAAGCAAAAGGUGGGAGAAGGUGCCCGGAGAUGCAAAGGAUAGCUGUAUUUGA